AACUUUUCAAUUCAUAUUUCACCAACGCUCUCCUCCUUCUUCCCUUUCUGUAGGGUCCUCGUUUCAUCUACUGUCGAUGACAGCCUAUUCAGACAGCCUGGAAAAAAGGGUCCCUGUCGCCACACUAAAAGGCUCUGUCUCCGAUGUUCUCCCAUUGUGAGCUAACUGGGUUCUUUGCUCCCUCUCUCCCUCCCACCCUCUCCUCUGUGUACCGUCGGACCCUUGGGGCAUUUACUCAUCUGUUAGCGAUCUUUGUUGGGUUGGUAUUUUGUCGAGUGAGUUGCAGUUUCCAGCGAGUGAGGAGUUGGGGGGUCAGUUCUGUAUUAGCUCAGUGCGUCUUUCGGAUUAGAUAGACAUGGUGAAGAUGAAAUCAGGGGAGUGGUGGUUCGCAGCUCUUGCUGUUCUUCUGUUCGGUUUUAUGUCUCUGAGUUGCAAUGCUGCCUUCGCUCCUGUUGAUAACUACCUUGUUGCCUGCGGCUCUUCUCAAAACAUCACCUUCCAAGACCGAACUUUUGUUCCCGAUUCCGUCCAGUCCUCGCCUGUGCUGAAAUCCGGGACUUCCACUCCCAAACGCUCCAACUCUGCUGUCCCGUCUCCUCUUUACCAGUCAGCCCGGAUUUUCUCGGGCACGGCUUCCUAUAAAUUCAACAUUGAGCAAGAGGGCCGCCAUUGGGUCCGCCUCUACUUCCAUCCGAUCCCAAACGCAGGUCAAGAUUUGGCCUCUGCCCCAAUCACUGUCAUGACGGAUGAGUUUGUACUCUUGAACAACUUCACUUUCAAGAACUACAAUGGCUCGUACUUGUUUAAAGAGUACACGGUCAAUGUGACCUCAAGUUCUCUCACUCUGACUUUCAUCCCCUUGAAUGGCUCGGUCUCUUUUGUGAAUGCAAUUGAGGUUGUCUCAAUUCCCGACAUCUUGAUUUCUGAUCAAGCAAUGGCCCUGAACCCGUCUGCGCAUUUUAGUGGCAUUUCGAAGCUCGCCCUCGAGACAGUUUAUAGGUUAAACAUGGGAGGUCCUCUUCUCACUGCCCAGAAUGAUACUCUUGGGAGGACUUGGGAGAAUGAUGUGAAGUACCUCCAUGUGAACAGCUCCGCAGUUAAUGUCUCGGUGAAUCCUUCUUCUAUAAAAUAUCCUGUUACAGUUACUAAUGAGAUUGCCCCAAAUUGGGUUUAUGCCACAGCUGAAACUAUGGGAGAGGCUAAUGUGGCCAAUGUGAACUUCAACAUAACUUGGGUGUUUGAGGUUGAUCCAGAUUUCAUGUACUUUGUUCGGGUCCAUUUCUGCGAUAUAGUGAGCAAGUCUCUCAACAAUCUCGUGUUCAACCUCUUCGUGAAUUCCGAUAUAGCCCUUGGGAGUCUUGAUCUCUCAACCUCGACUGGUGAUCUGGAGGUGCCCUACUAUAGGGAUUUCGUCACAAAUACCUCGAGUGGGUCAACUACCAUGACGGUAAGUGUGGGUCCAGACAUGAUGGCUGAUAUCACCGAUGCGCUCAUGAAUGGGUUGGAAAUCAUGAAGAUGAGCAAUGAGGCUAAGAGCCUACAUGGGCGCUUAUCGGUGAAAAGUCUCCUUCCGGAGUCACAAUCCAAUAAGAAAAGGAUUGCAAUCAUAGUUGGCUGUGCUGUUGGUGGAUUAUUAGUCCUGUUGGUUGUCUGUGGAAUCUGUUACUGCUGCAUAGUGUCGAAGAAGUCGAAGACUUCUCACCAGGGGCAUCCAUGGCUGCCGUUACCUUUAUAUGGAAACUCCCAGACAAUGACCAAAAUGUCCACAGCUUCCCAAAAGAGUGGGACAGCUAGCUGUAUUUCAUUGACUUCCACAAACUUCGGGAGGUUCUUUACGUUUCAGGAGAUCCUUGAUGCGACCAAGAAGUUUGAUGAGAAACUUCUCCUUGGUGUCGGUGGGUUUGGGAGAGUGUAUAUAGGAACCCUUGAGGAUGGUACAAGAGUGGCUGUUAAGAGAGGAAAUCCUAGAUCAGAGCAGGGCCUUGCAGAGUUCAGAACGGAGAUUGAAAUGCUCUCGAAGCUCCGCCACCGCCACCUUGUGUCCCUUAUUGGGUACUGUGACGAGAGAUCGGAGAUGGUCCUUGUGUAUGAGUAUAUGGCCAAUGGGCCUCUCAGGAGCCACCUGUAUGGCUCUGACCUGCCACCUCUCUCAUGGAAGCAGAGGCUUGAGAUCUGCAUUGGGGCAGCGAGGGGGCUCCAUUAUCUCCACACUGGAGCAGCUCAGAGCAUCAUCCACCGUGAUGUGAAGACCACCAACAUCCUACUGGAUGAGAACUUUGUUGCAAAGGUUGCUGACUUUGGACUUUCAAAAACGGGUCCUUCGCUUGAUCAAACGCACGUCAGCACUGCAGUUAAGGGAAGCUUUGGGUACCUCGACCCCGAGUACUUCCGCAGGCAACAGCUGACAGAGAAAUCAGACGUGUACUCCUUUGGCGUGGUCCUAAUGGAGGUUCUCUGCACGAGGCCAGCCUUGAACCCCGUCCUCCCGAGGGAGCAGGUGAACAUUGCUGAGUGGGCAAUGAGUUGGCAGAAGAAGGGAAUGUUGGACCAGAUCAUGGACCAGAACCUUGUUGGUAAAGUCAACCCUGCGUCACUGAAGAAGUUCGGGGAGACUGCCGAGAAAUGUUUAGCUGAGCAUGGAGUCGAUAGGCCAUCCAUGGGAGAUGUCCUGUGGAACCUCGAGUAUGCUUUACAGCUUGAGGAGACAUCCUCGGCCCUUGCAGAACCCGAGGAUAACAGCACGAAUCAUAUACCUGGGAUCCAGCAGCUAGCUCCGCUGGAGCCAUUUGAUAACAGCGUGAGCAUGAUUGAUGCUGGGAAUUCGGCCACGGAUGAUGAUGAGGCGGAGGAUGCUGCCACAAGUGCUGUGUUCUCUCAGCUCGUGAAUCCUCGCGGAAGAUGACGAGGGAAUAAAUUGUUCAGCUUGUGACAGUCCUCCUGGCUCCAAGUUUGCUGAUGGAGGUUAUUUACCUUUUUAUUUCGAUAUUUUGCUUGUUAUGUUCAUUUUACCCGAUAUGUUUCAUCCUUUGUUAUCAUUUAGUAUUUAAUUCAGGUCAGUGUUGGGUGCUAAUGGACCAAUUGAGAUGUUAUACUAUACAGAAAGAUAUCAACUUUUAUA